CGGGUUCUGCGCCUGCGCGGUGGGGUGCCCGGUUGUUGCGCCGCGCCGCGCCGCGGUGGGUGGGUGUUUCUCUCUCUCUGGGCCCCCGGCCGGGUCUCGGGGGCGAGGAUGUGAAGAUGGCGGAGCUGCAGAUGCUGCUGGAGGAGGAGAUCCCGGGCGGGCGCCGGGCCCUGUUCGACAGCUACACCAACCUGGAGCGGGUGGCCGAGUACUGCGAGACCAACUACAUCCAGUCAGCAGAUAAACAGCGAGCCUUAGAAGAAACCAAAGCCUACACAACCCAGUCCUUAGCAAGUGUAGCUUAUCUGAUCAACACUUUGGCCAACAAUGUUCUCCAAAUGCUGGAUAUCCAGGCAUCCCAGCUUCGGCGCAUGGAAUCUUCAAUCAACCAUAUUUCACAAACGGUGGACAUUCAUAAAGAAAAAGUUGCUAGAAGAGAAAUUGGCAUUUUGACUACGAACAAAAACACCUCAAGAACCCACAAAAUCAUUGCACCAGCCAACCUGGAGCGACCAGUUCGCUACAUUAGAAAACCUAUUGAUUACACAAUUCUAGAUGAUAUUGGACAUGGAGUGAAGUGGUUGCUUAGAUUUAAGGUUAGUACACAGAAUAUGAAGAUGGGUGGGCUGCCUCGUACUACUCCACCUACCCAGAAACCACCCAGCCCACCAAUGUCAGGAAAAGGAACUAUUGGGCGUCACUCUCCCUAUCGCACACUGGAGCCUGUGCGUCCUCCAGUGGUACCAAAUGACUAUGUACCUAGCCCAACACGUAAUAUGGCUCCCUCGCAACAGAGCCCUGUUAGAACAGCUUCUGUGAAUCAGAGGAAUCGCACAUACAGCAGCAGUGGGAGUAGUGGAGGGAGCCACCCAAGUAGUCGGAGCAGCAGUCGAGAGAACAGUGGAAGUGGAAGUGUGGGUGUACCUAUUGCUGUCCCCACUCCAUCUCCUCCUAGCGUCUAUCCAGCCCCUGCUGGCUCAGCUGGCACUUCUCCCCUUCCUGCUACCUCUGCACCUGCUCCUUCCCCCCUUGCUCCUGCUACUGCCCCCUCCGCUGCCCCAGAUGCUGCAGCUGCAGGAGCCCAGCCUCUUGCUGAUGGCUUCACCUCUCCAACUCCCCCUGCUGUUUCUUCCACUCCCUCAGCAGGUCACCCUGUUCAGUUCUACAGCAUGAACAGACCUGCCUCCCGGCAUACACCCCCAACAAUAGGGGGCUCUUUGCCAUACAGGCGCCCUCCUUCCAUCACUUCGCAAACGAGCCUUCAGAACCAGAUGAAUGGAGGGCCUUUUUAUAGCCAGAACCCAGUAUCCCUUGCUCCUCCUCCUCCUUCCAUCCUACAGGUAACUCCACAGUUACCACUGAUGGGAUUUGUGGCCAGAGUUCAAGAAAAUAUUUCAGAUACUCCCCCUCCUCCUCCACCUGUAGAUGAGCCAGUCUUUGAUGAGUCCCCACCUCCACCUCCACCCCCAGAAGAUUAUGAAGAGGAGGAGGCAGCUGUGGUUGAGUACAGUGAUCCUUAUGCUGAAGAGGACCCUCCAUGGGCACCAAGGACCUAUUUAGAAAAGGUGGUGGCGAUUUAUGACUACACAAAAGACAAGGAGGAUGAGCUCUCGUUUCAGGAAGGUGCCAUCAUUUACGUCAUUAAGAAGAACGAUGAUGGGUGGUAUGAGGGUGUCAUGAAUGGAGUGACGGGGCUCUUCCCAGGGAACUAUGUGGAGUCCAUCAUGCACUACUCUGAGUGAAGACCACAGGGUGCAGAGCUGCACCUUGCUCCACAGGAACUGUCCGGACUCCUCAGCUCUCCACCAGGGCCCACCCAAGUGAACUGAAUGAAGGAUAAUUGUAACAGCACCACUCUUGUUUUCUGCUUUUUUUUCAUUAUACAACAAUAGCGAUUUGAGUUGUUUGAACAAAUGGCUCUUCCAGCUGCCAGCAGUGGCUGUGCCCAACGUUGACUAAGCCGACCCGUUCAGAUGUAGAUAGUGGAGAUGUAACGAACUUGUUGAGUAGCUGAUACUUGACUGAAAUUCAGACUGAUUCAAGCGUGAUCUGGGAUCCUUCUCAGGAAUACUGUAUGCCCCUGUGAUAUUACCUCUGGCAUUAGUGCCUGGCACCGUGACAUCCUGGAUGCCAGUGCAAAGGGGUUAAUGUAACUGGCCAGUGGAAAUCCCUCCCUUUUUCUACACUCACAUGCAGCUGGAAAGACACUUGUGUGCUAGCUAACAUUUGGAUUCAUACACAAAGCAGUUACUGUAUCUGACUUCCAGAUGGUUCGUUACAUCUUUAACAUAAACACUUCUGCAACUGCUCUGCGCGUGUAGACUGAUGUGGGGGCUCACAGAGCUGGCUUGGGUUCACUUACCUUUCAGUUUAGAUAAUUGAGAUGGAUGCAUCACAGAAGACCUCACCAUUGUGUAAUCUUAGUCCUUUGCCUGCCCCAGGUUAGCUCUGUGUUAUGCACUGGUGUAGAAAGUUAUCCCUUUUGGCAUGAGCUCCCAGCCUGCUGGUGUGGAGGGGUUAAGCUGAACACAAAUGCAGUGUGUGGUGGUGAUGGGGGAAAUUAAGUUUAUAGGUUCCUAGGGAGUCUGAGGCUAACUCUAGGAGUUAAGGUUUGAAUCUAUUCGUGCAUGCUUGCACGAGACAGAUUAUUCAUCCCAAAUGUCAGUAUUACGCACAGUGUAAUUUUAAAAGCCAAUCAGGUCUUGUAAAUUGGCUCUUUUGUACUUUGGUUCUGGAUCUGAGUAUAUGCUGUGACCGCCCUGGGCAGAGGCAGGACAAAGAGCAGUUGUCUUCUUCAGGUGUAUUACCAAAAUCUCUUCUCAGUGGAAGUAAAAAGGGCUGCCAUAUGUGUUGGUUUUCCAUGGAAAGCUACACACAAACUGGUUGUUGUUUUAGCUCUUUUCCCUGCCCCUUCCAAUGUUUAUAAAAUAGUAAAUACCUUUCAUAGCUAUACCGAGCCAGGUGUGACUCUCACACUAUAAAGGUUUUGCAUACAUUUGUAGGUUGCUUUUUAAUAGUCUCAGAUGAAAAUGCCACCACUGGAGUUGGCUUCACAGAUGAGCGUAAACAACUCAGAACAGUCAUCUGUGCCAGUUUAUGAAGAACUGCAAACAAAAGAGGAGUGUUAACGUAGUUCAUUAACACAGCAAACUGAUUGACCUGCUGUUGUAGGCCACCUUCUGGAGGAGGGCAGCCUAUGUACAUUUAGUCUGAUCUCCCAUAAUAGGGAGCCAUGUUUCUUCCUGAACUGUCUUUAUUUGAGCCAAGGUGAAAUUCCAGCCAGUACCAACAGUAGCUGAUUCAAGUCUAGAUAAUGCUGCAGCAGUCUGCCAAGGCAUGUGUGUACAAUGGAGUAUUGCAGGGAGAGUAGUAGAGACAACUAACUGGAGGCUGGUUUUCCUUCCUUGGCUUGACUGUACACAUUUUCACUAUCUCAUAACUCAGUAUCUCGUGCAAUAUCUUGCCAGAGAUGUGCAUUUAGAGCAAGCAGGGACACUUUGGCUAGAUGGGACCUUUGCUAAGCUGAUGCGUCAAUCUGAGGGGGCAGAAAAGGGAAAAGCAUGGACAAAGUGUGCAUUUCUUCCUUAUCCUCUGGAUAUGAAGUCUCCUUGGAGCUUUUCUGCCUCUCAAUACUUGUUCAUAGCUGGCACUGGAGCCUAGCUGCUGUCAUGUCCUUGUCAGGAAGCUUCUCCACUCAGUUACCCCUUCUAUCCGUCUGCUGCAAAAAUAGUUUCAUUGAGCUGUAGCUAUCAAGCCCUGCCACACUGCAUCUGACAAGGCUCAUCUCACUGCUCCCCCCUCACUCCUUGCUGCCCUUCUGGAAGGUGGCAAUUGCAAGGUCAUUCUUGCUGAAUUAGGUGACACCGACCAAAAAGAUCCCUUUUGGGUUUUUUGUCUCCUAGUAGCAAAACCGAUGAAAACAGACAUUGCCCAGUGUCGUUGUAGGGGUGUUGGGGUGAGACAGAGCUAGGCAGUUACCAUACACCAAGCUGGGGCUACUGUUAGUUUCUAAGGUUUGGCGACACAGAAAGCUAUGAAAUGAAGUAGGAUGUGAAUUUAAAGUACAAGAGCUAUUCUGGGCCAUUUUGUCAUGUAAACGAGCCCUAAGGGCAUGUCUGCACUGCAAGUACCAGGGGAGCCCAUCUGCUCACAAAAUGGCUAAAGCACGGCUGCAUUGUGUAGUGUUAAUGGGGACCCCCCCACCCACUCCUCAGAGGGCUUGGUUAUGGUCCCAUCUACUCUACAGAGCAGAUGUGCUUUUUCUGAGUCUGAGACAUCGGUGUGGUAAGUGGUGUCCCUGACCUGGAUAUGCUUGUGCCAUAGACUGGGCACAGAAUCAAUAUUCCUUAAACUAGCUGUUUCCAUUAGAAAGACGUCUGGUGUGGCGAGCUCAGAGGAGUUGUAGGGUCCAGAAGGUCCUGAUCCCUCGCCAGCAGAUAACAUGGUGCAGGCAGCUCCUUGCCAAAGUGGGCUUGUGUUUUGUCUGCCCCCUGCUGACCACAUGCCACUUACGAGGUGAUUCAUCCUGCAGAGCUGCUGUGGAGGGAGUUUCUAGGUCACCUCCUGCUGGUUUGAUGCUUUUUUAUGCAGUACUAAUGUUGUAAAAAACACUUGAUGGGUUUUAUGCAUCUUUUUUAUUUUGUACAGGUUUUGAAUUCUGUAGAUUGUCCAGGGAUGAUGCUAUGUAAUGAGCAUAGACCAGGCCCAAAGUAAUCAGAUUUUGUAUGUACUGUUACAUAGACUGCAUGCUAUUAACGUCAGUGAGGGGGGUGGUUCCAGUUCUGUCAUUUAUACCCCCCUCCCCCAACUCUCCUUUCCCCUUUUAUUUAAAUGGUUGCUUCAAAAAGGGGUGGGGGAUUGGCAAAACUUGCUAUUCAAAUAGAUGCAGAACUUCUUUGUACAGAGUCCUGCUGCCAAAGGUAAAAUGAAGGUGUUAAGAGUUACAUGCUGUAGAUUACUCAGUGUUUUCCUGUCACUGGAGGCGGGGCGUAAGGAGAAAAGGACACAGCAGACUAGCCCAAAGCAGGCUCUAAAUCGUAAUUCUCCCUCCCUCUAACCCUCCACCUUUUUUCCAUCCACAACCAGUGGGGGGAAGAGCCACUCCCCCAUUGCUUCUGGCACUGUUGACAAAGGGUUCGUUGGUGAAGAAAUGGUGCUGUGCAACGAGGAAGCGCUACUCCCUCAAAGAACAAAAACAUUUCCUUCUUCCAGCACAAAGCUACACAAGUUGUGCACAAAGUGCCAGUCUGGCUAAAGCUACAGUACUGAGAGUUGGUCUGGUACCUGUGUCAGGGGGAGGGUGGGGGCUUUGGGUCCUGUUUCUGUGAAUAUGUUUCUGCUUACAUAAAGCCACUAGGUGUUUUUGCUUCCCUCAUUGGUGCUCACAGCCACUGUCCUUAGAGGUGGGGUGCACAGAAAAACAGUGGUUCUAAGCUCCUCCGAUGCUAUGGUGACAAGUGCCUCAGAAGAGCCUAUAUAAGUUGUGCUUCUCCAUGUUUUCUUGUCCUGCUGCUCAGAGGCAGGGCAUGGAGAAGCUAGUCUGAAGCUUUGCUGCUGUCUCAGUAAAGCAACAGGGGGGAGAUAAUUUUCAGUGCCAUUUCACACAGUCAUUUUCAGGGAUGGGGGGGUGAUUUGCUGUCAAGUGCUGCUGCAUAUUCUGGAGAAUUACAAAGUAUGAUGUCACGAGCAGGAGAUUGCAACUACAAAUCAAUGCCCUUUGGGGAGGUUCUCAUAAGAACUAAUGAUUGAGUUGCUUAACCAAUGGAGGGCUGCAUCACCCCACCCCUGCAGUUGUCAAACAGAAGAGGGGUGUGGGACAGAAGGCUACUGCCUCUCUCCUGUGUAGGUCUUAUAUUCCCCCCCAGCCAUUGAUUACUUCCCCUGAGCCGGGAAGUGCCCCUCAAUGUAGCCCCUCAUUAUUGCCAGGCUGAGAUCUGCUCUGAACAGGGAAAUGGGAAUAGUUGCUAACCAAACUCAUGUUUGCUGUUCAUAAGGGAGUCAUAGUAGCAGGAAAAGCCCAACACGGACAGCCUGCGAUGGGGGUGAAGCAGGCUCAAAGGCCACACUGCCUGUCUCAUAGCCGGGGUGAGGGGAGAGACUGAUGCUCUUCACACAGCACGAUUUGUUCAGGGAGGGAGGCUCCCAGCCCCACGCACCCUCUGCCAGCAGCACCAGUGCUCCCUGGGGGUGGGGGGGAAGGGAGGAAACGGCUUUCGCAAUGAGGUAAAAUAAACCCUGAGUCCAUCAUUGUCCCCAAGCUAUGCUGUUAGGUAACAUGCUCUGAGCACACGCCUUGGGGGCUUUUCUGCUGCCUGCCAGUGGGGACUAGGCAUGUUCCUUGUUUUUCCCAGUCUUAGCCCUCUGCCCUCAUGUUAACGCAUAAUCUGAUGGGGGCUGGGAAAGUGGGGCACUGUAUAAAUUACUUAGGGCUCUGCGCUAUUGUGCUCAGUGAUUGUGGUCCAAGCUGUGAAAAGUCAAGCCCGGUGAACACAGGGGGACCCUAGUAGCAGGUUUCCGCCUGGAGUGAGCAGUGCUAGGGGCGGUUUUUGAAAACACGAGCCCUAGGCAGAGUACAGUGGAAAGUGCACAGAUGCUGCAUUUGCCAAAUGGGGUAAUUUUGUGUAAUGCCUCUUUGGGCCCAGCCAAAACCAAAUUCUGAGUAGGAGAGAGUGAGCGGAAUCAGGUUUUUUUUUUUAGAACUUACUGUAUUUAUCACAUAAAUUACUAAUUUCCCACACCCUGCAGCAUAAUGCUGACUUAGCUGUAAUUACAUUUUUCUGGGUAGUGCUUUAAUAGACAGUAGCUGAACUCACUCUCUAGUUCCAUGGUCCUAGUUCUGUAUUUUGAAACUUCAAAAAUAAUAGCAUGGCCCUGUCACCAUCUUUGGGAAGAUACUUGAAAGCUAAAUCGAUGAAGCCAGGUUUUGAGAACAAUUCAGAGAAUGCUCCACUGCCACUUUAGUUUGAAAUCAACAUGUUACAUGCAACUUCCCCAGCUGAAAGUGGAUUUUUCUCUUUAAGGGUACAGGAGACUAUUAGCACAGGUGCCUUGUUAAGGCACAACCCUGCCAUGUCACAACAGGGUGUUUGCUAAAGCCGGGGUGGCAGCCUGUUAAGAGGUAGCCUUUCAACCCACCUCCUGCUGCCUGGCUACUACAGGACUUCGCUGAGAUGGGAGCAGUGCAUUUGUGUGUUUUUAUUGAUAAAUUCUACCACUGGAAAAUGUGGAAAAACAGAGCAGUGUACAAAUGAGUUUCUCUUUAGCAAGGUUAAGCACUGACAUCAUCUGAGAUUUUCAUAACGAACAAGUGCUUAUUUUCAUCUUUGAAAAGUGUCUUUUGCAACUUGUGUUGACAUGUGGUUGCUAUGAAUGCUCUGGAAAAACCUCACUGUCAAGUGUCCUCUUGUUCCUGUAAAUUUUUCUUCAAAAAAUAAAAAACACCCAAUUUGG